AAAUAUUGCCGCGUUAAUUUUAAAGUCAAAAAUAAUAGGCACCGGUAAUAAUGAAAGAAUUGGAAAAUUGGAAACCAACCCCAUCCUUUAAAUGGUCUCCUCCGUCAAGUCUCAAUCCCACCCACCAAACCCCAAACCAAAAAAAAAAACCCCAAAGCAAUCCAAUCCACCAUUAUUAUCGAUCACCGGACUGGAAAUUGGAUGAGGCACAGAGCUGAUAAUCACGGCGGAGCUUCGUCGUCGUCAAUGGAGAACUUGCUGGGCCUUCUCCGGAUUCAUAUCCAGAGAGGCGUGAACUUGGCCAUCAGAGACAUCUCCACCAGCGACCCUUACGUCGUCGUUCGCCUGGCCAAACAGAAGUUGAAGACCAGAGUGGUGAAGAACAACGUGAAUCCCGAGUGGAACGAAGACCUCACUCUCUCCGUUUCCGACCCUAAUCUCCCCGUCAAAUUGCAAGUGUACGACAAGGACACAUUCAGCAUGGAUGACAAAAUGGGUGACGCAGAGUUUGACGUCAAGCCAUUGAUGGAAGCUGUAAAGAUGGACAUGCGCGACACCCCGAGCGGGAGUGUAAUAACUAAGGUGAAACCAAGCCCGGAGAAUUGCCUCGCGAAGGAGAGUGGCAUAGUAUGGGAGAAGGGUAAGGUUGUGCAGAAGAUGGUGCUUCGGUUGAAGAAUGUUGAGUGCGGCGAGUUGGAGCUCGAGUUGCAAUGGAUACCCAUUCAUCCACCCUCCCAAUUAGGGUCACUUCCCAAUGCCACUCCUCAUGUUAAUGACAUUUGAAUUGUGUACUAUACCUUAAUUGGUAUCAUAGUUAUCUGUGUAUGUAACUCUUAACAUAUUAAUAUGGUGUUACCGUUGACGUCGUUUCGAUUCUAUAUUGUUGUUGUGGUGAAUGUAAUAUGAGUUCUAUAACAAAAAUGUGUUCAAGUGGUUAGUUGUGAGUUUGAAGCUUGGUGCAAGUGACCAUCAAAUUUGGAAAAAAAAGUUGACCACAAAGUCAACGAAAUGAAAAGUGGUGCAAUUG